CUCAUGUGCGUUUGUAUAGCAUGUGGAGAUAGAAGAAAGGCAUUCCUCUACUACCCCUACCAGGGAACGACUGUUUGUGAAGUAGAUUUAAACGAGGGGGUGGAGGUUCCCUUGAGCUUGACCCGACGAGCAAACUAAAAAGAGGGAUGUCCUGGCUUGUUUGGUUGUUGUUUAGAUUUCGUAAAACCGAAUUCACAGUUCCAACUUCGAAAAUGAUAAGCGAAACCAGCGACCGGCCUCCCAGAUCAUGCGGCUCCGAUGAAAAACAAAAAGCAAAAGGAGAAAAAAGGAAGAACUACGUGUACCUGCUCCAUUACAAACCGCGGCUUGUGCUGACGUCCCGUCCUCCACAGACCAAUGUUGCAGAAACCGAGCGCUUUCUGCCAUCGACGUCGAAGUACUUUUCCAGAAUACGAAGUAGAGGUGCGGCACCAGGCACAACCGAAGCCCCUCCACGUUCGUUCGGCCAGAUGAGGAUCAUUCCCGAUCCAGAACUCGGGAACAAUACAAAUGGGUGCCAAGAAGAGCUGCAAACUGUUGAAAGCGAAAACAAAUCGUCCUUUGUGCCUUUCAUUUCUGAGCUGCUGACCCAGGCCUUGGCCGAGCGAGGAUCUACUUCGCAAGGAAAGCGGACGGGGACCACGACAGACGAGGCGGCAAGUUGUCGAGAAGAUUCUACUGCGAAAGAAUUCCCCUCAUCGUGGUCCACAGAAAGAACCUACGAGGGCCCGGUCAAGAACAUCACCAUUUCCCCAGUGGGGCGGCUCGAUCUGGACUCGGAGGGGCUGAUUUUCCUCACGGACGACGGAAGGUUCAGUCACAAGGUGACUUCGCCGGAUGUCGGACAUACCAAAGUGUACCGGGUACUGGCGAAGUCACUGCGGCCGUUGGACGACGAAGUUAGCGCCGAAAACGUCGAAGAGAGGAACACCUAUCAUGAACAUCGAAAUACUCUUGGAUAUUCUACUGCUUCUCGAAAAGAUAAAGAUAGAGGUGGAAAAACUCAGGAAAAAACUCAGAAAAAGAGGAGAACUGCGACUUUUCUUGCUCACAAAUUGACGACCAUGGACGACCGCAUAAGCGUUAUCGAUUCCCGGUCUGUGCCCGCAAACAGGUUUCAGCGGCGAUUUGGGAAUGAUAAGGACGUGAGAUGUAAAAACAAGCGUGGGAGUUGUAGAGCUGUGGUUGCGGAUGAAGUUGAAGAUGAUGCGGCCAGCUCCACUUCUUUACCAGACACGGCAAAAAAUGCUGAGGCUGGCGACAGCGCAAGUGGCAAGAAACGUUCUCAUAGCGAGCGGAGCAGAUAUGAAGUUGUUCCGGAUAAAAGUGCAGACGAAGCGCCAACACGUCGUGCUGUGCAAAAAGCGAAGAGGACCAGCUCCGUCGCCAACCUGCACGUCGUGCUGGUGGAGGUCACGCUUCAAUCGGGGAAAAAGCACGAGGUGCGGCGAUUACUGAAGGCUUGCGGAUACCAGACGCUCACCCUCCAGCGCGUCAGUCUUGGCGGGGUGGUUCAGAAGGUCGCACAGGAACUGGACAGUGUGGAAACCGCGCUGCUUUGGUACCAAAAAGACACGCUAGGAACCUGUACGAGGGCACACGUUGUUGACCACGGGGACGACGACGAGCGCCGAGUCAGUAGUACACGCGACGAUCUUCGAAAACUGGAGGAAGAAGUUCAUCUCGGAGAAAAUUCAACUUCGCUUUACACCGCAGCUCACUUUUCCUCCUGGUGGGUCCCGGGAGACGAUCCUCUCACGCCAAUGCAACCGGGCCAGUUUCGAUUGCUAAGUGAGAAAGAGGUGAGCAGCAUCAUGAACCUGCACGAAAGGCCGCGCAAAGAUAAGGCCGUUGCCGGAAUUGGUCUUGCCGGAGCCUGAUGGUGCAUCAAUGGCAUUUUUACAUGGCGCUAAAUAUCAACCUGAGUUUUUGAUUCUUGCGUUUUUUCCGUUGCGUUUGACUAUGACAGAAGUUGUACCACGAUCACGAUGCACAGCGACUACGACUCAUCAAAAUGAAAGUAUUUACGACUAUGAAUGCGGAAGUCAGUGGUGAUUUUCUUAUUCUUGUUGCUUUACACCAAGGUCACU